GUCAAACCCUGAACCAACACUACCAUCGGUCUAUCUCACUGUUGGUAUUGCUUUGUUUGUUCCACAUAUAACCCUUCUUUUCCGUUUCAAGGAUGAAGAAAGCGGAGCUAGUAUUCAUCCCAUUGCCUGCCAUGGGGCAUUUGGUACCCGCAGUUCAAGUGGCUAACCUUUUAGUACACCUCAAUUCCAACCUCUCCAUCACCAUCCUCACCGUCAAGCCAUCAGACAACGCUAAAAUCAGCGCCUACAUUGACUCUCUCACGGCCGACACCUCCACUAGCCAUAUUAGGUUCAUCAGCCUCCCUCAAUCUGACCCAGACGUAGAUUUUUUUAAGUUUUUGAGUAAUUUAGCUCAAACCGUAGGACCGCUUGUGAGAGAAGUCGUCGCCAACAUAGUUGAGCACUCCAACUCAGUUCCCGGCUCACCUCGACUCGCCGGGUUCGUUCUCGACACGUUUUUCACUUAUUUGGUAGACUUGGCCAACGAGUUCGGCGUUCCUAGCUAUGCAUUUUACGUUGGGGGUGCUGGUUCUCUUGGCUUCCACUUCUACACUCAGGCACUUCACGAUGAGCAAAAGAUUGAGUUCAACGAGUUAACAGACUCCGACACUGAGUUCACAAUUCCAUCAGAAGUGAAGGGUAUAUUGAUCAAUACUUUUUCGGAGCUUGAAUCCCAUGCCGUUGACUCCCUUUCAAACGGUAAGCUUCAAGUUCUUCCCAUUUAUCACGUGGGACCCAUAUUAAACCUAGAAGGCUCAGGCAAUGUCAAUCAUAAUUAUGAUACAAUCAUGCAAUGGCUUGAUGAACAACCUCCUUCGUCUGUAGUGUUCGUUUGCUUCGGGAGCAUGGUAAGCUUUGGUAUGGAUCAAGUGAAAGAAAUUGCCUACGCACUGGAGCAGAGCGGGCACCGAUUCUUGUGGUCUCUACGAAAACCUGGGGAACUAAUAAAUGGCAUGAUGUAUGGCGUAACUGAUUAUGAGAACGUGGCAGCGGUGUUACCAGAAGGGUUCUUAGACCGGACUGCUGAAAUUGGUAAGGUCAUUGGUUGGGCACCGCAAGUGGCCAUCUUGGGCCACCCUGCAAUCGGAGGGUUCGUAUCGCACUGCGGUUGGAAUUCAACGUUAGAAAGUAUAUGGUUCGGAGUGCCAAUGGUGGCAUGGCCACUUUAUGCAGAACAACAACUGAAUGCAUUCACAUUGGUGAAGGAGUUAGGAUUAGCAGUGGAGCUUAAAAUGGAUUAUAAGAUCGAUGACAGUAAGGUUCAAAUUAUAAAAGCUAAGAAUAUAGAAAAAGGAAUUAAUUGGUUGAUGGAGCAUGAUAGUGAUGUUCGUCAGAGGAUGAAGGAAAUGAGUGGUAAGAGUAGAAAGGCUUUGAUGAAUGGGGGAUCUUCACACAUUAUGUUAUGUCGUUUCAUUAAUAUAUCAUGAUCAAUAUGCCAUGAAAGCUUGUAAAGGUUAAAAUUCAGUCAUGCGUGGAGGAGACCACUGCCUACUUGCUGCCUCCACCUGGUUCUUUGAAUUGCAACAUUUAUCUACGCAAAUCCUCCAUAUGUUCUAGGCAAAGUUAAAUUUUCAUAUGUUGAUCUAGCCCUCAUCUUUAAAAGAAAUAAAA